AUGGACGAGUCUGGAUCGAUCGCUAGUCUUCGACAGCCCAAGAAGAGGUUUGUCGGGAGACGGACAGCAGAGGCACAAGCGCAGAAAGAUGCUCCCACGAAUUCCCAAGACGUCGAAUCAACAAGCAUUCAGACGGCUGCACCACGGAGAACACCCAGAACGCUGAAUCAAGUACCGUCCGAGAUCCUGGAAGAUCCCGAAAUCAGGGCGGCAAUCGAACUUUUGCCCAAGAAUUACUCCUUCGAGAUCCCAAAGACGAUCCAUCGGAUACGAACAUCGGGCGCGAAACGGAUUGCUCUGCAGUUCCCUGAGGGACUACUUAUCUUUGCCACAACCAUAUCUGAUAUCCUGACGCAAUUCUGCCCAGGGACGGAGACGCUCAUCAUGGGUGAUGUGACAUACGGCGCCUGCUGCAUCGACGACUAUACUGCUCGCGCAUUGGGGUGUGACCUGCUAGUUCACUACGCCCACAGCUGCCUCAUCCCCGUAGACGUGACCCAGAUCAAAACGCUGUACAUCUUCGUGGAUAUCAGCAUCGACAUCUCGCAUCUGAUCGCCACGCUCGAGCGCAACUUCCAACCCGGCAAGACCAUCGCAACCGUCGGGACGAUCCAGUUCAACGCGACUCUGCACGGUCUGAAACCCGUGCUGGAGCGUGCCGGAUUCAAAGUCGUCAUCCCGCAGAUCACACCGCUAUCCAAGGGAGAAAUUCUAGGCUGCACUUCACCGCAGCUCCCAGAAAACGAGAUCGACAUCCUCCUCUACCUCGGCGACGGCCGCUUCCACCUCGAAUCCGCCAUGAUCCACAACCCUACCAUCCCUGCAUACCGCUACGAUCCGUACUCCCGCAUUCUCUCCCGCGAGACCUACUCCCACGACGAGAUGCACACCCUCCGCCGAGACGCCAUCAGCACCGCCAAAUCGGCCAAGAAAUGGGGCAUCAUUCUGGGCUCGCUUGGCCGGCAAGGAAACCCCAACACCAUGGCGAUGAUCGAGCAGCAUCUCAACGCGCGGGGGAUCCCCUUCGUCAACUUGCUCCUGAGCGAGAUCUUCCCCGGGAAACUGGGCUCCAUGUCGGACGUUGAGUGCUGGGUGCAGAUCGCCUGCCCCCGCCUCAGUAUUGACUGGGGCUAUGCGUUCCCCCGGCCGCUCCUGACGCCCUACGAGGCGUUGAUUGCGUUGGGCGUGAGAGAGCACUGGGAUAAUACUAACAAAGGUGUAUAUCCGAUGGAUUUCUAUGCUAAAGACGGGUUGGGCAGAACCAAGCCUGACCAAGCCAUACGAGGCGCUGCGUGA